AUGAAAAUCACUACCGCUACUAUCGUAACACGAUCAUCACCACCACCAUUAACAACAACAUCAACAGUGGCACAAUUAACGACCACAACACCAACAUCAACAUUACUAAUAACAUCGAUAACAGCAUUGACAUUAACAUCAUUUAUAUCAUCGACGACAACAUUGACAGCUUCACACUCACCGACGUCAAUAUCAACAUCGACAACAACGUCAAUGACAACAACAUCGACACCGACAUUAUUAGUAACAUCAACAACAUCAGCAAUAACAACAUCAACAGCAAUAUUUACAGCAACAACGUCGACAUCAUCAUCAUCUUUACCAACAGCAUCUACGACCAUCACUCAGCAGCCAGGUAAGCUUUAG